AUGCACACUCUCCCUUCCUCGGCCGCUCAAACUAUCUUGAAACGUUAUCAUCCUCUCCCAUGUGAUGCCUCCACCCGCAUCCGCUCGCCCCCUCGGACUUUCAUGCUCAUUGUGCAAUCUCGUCGCGACAUGCACCAAUCAAGCCCCGACACCACUACACCCAGCCAAACCCUUCUCAGCCCCGUGGAUGAUGAAAGUGGCGCCCUGGUUGGUAGAAUGUCCAGCGUCCAAGUGGUGGGCAUGCUAUCUCUGCCUGCUGAUUGGACAGGUUUCGGUAUUACCAUCACAUUUACCCUGAUUUCCCACGAGCCACAAGAACGUUGUGAAUCGACUGUAGCACCCACACUCCACCUCUGUCGAGCCCCUAGCUUUCGUGUCAGGCUGUAA